CCCCACUUUAUAAGGGUAGGAGGGCGGACUAGCGCAAGAGUGGCGGCGCGCCAGCCUCAGCGUUCGUACGUGACCGCUGAAGGGGCGGUCUGCGCUCUACAUCAUGGGGGACAAAAAGGAUUUGGAGGGCGGGGACCCCGCACUCGAAUGCUCGGGGGUGCGGCCGAUGAUGGAGCUGCCGACGCUGCCGAAGGCCCUCACCUAUGAGGAGAAGAAGUAUCUUCUGGCGGUGGAGCGGGGUGACAUGGCCAAUGUUCGGAGGAUCCUACAGCGAGCCCACCGUCAGAAGAAUGUAGACGUAAACUGCGUGGAUUCCCUCGGCCGCGGAGCUCUAACCCUGGCCAUAGACGGGGAGAACAUGGAGAUGGUGGAGCUCCUGGUCGUCAUGGGCGUGGAAACGAAGGAUGCUCUGCUGCAGGCCAUUAACGCUGAGUUUGUUGAGGCGGUGGAGCUGCUGCUGGAACAUGAGGAGCUUAUUUAUAAGCCUGGUGAACCAUACAGUUGGCAGAAAGUGGACCCGAACACGGCCAUGUUCACGCCGGACGUCACGCCGCUGAUGUUAGCAGCUCACAAGAAUAACUACGAGAUCAUCAAGAUCCUUCUGGACCGCGGAGCCACGCUGCCUGACCCUCACGACGUCAGAUGUGGUUGCGACGACUGCAUCCGUGAGUCAUCCGAAGACUCCCUCCGGCACUCUCUGGCGCGACUAAACGCGUACCGCGCCCUGGCCUCUCCAUCUCUCAUCGCGCUUUCUUCCACCGACCCUAUCCUCACAGCCUUCCAGCUCUCGUGGGAGCUCAGGAACUUGGCUUUUGCUGAACAGGAAAGCAAAGCAGAAUACCUUGAACUCCGUCGGCAAGCGCAGCAGUUCGGUGUGGACCUCCUGGACCAGUCCCGAAGUUCGCAGGAGCUGGCCAUCAUCCUGAAUCACGACCCCGACGAGCCGCCCUUUACGGACGGCGAACAUAUGAAGCUGGCAAGACUGGAACUUGCCAUCGACUUUAAGCAGAAAAAGUUCGUAGCCCACCCAAACAUCCAGCAGCUCCUAGCGUCGCUCUGGUACGAGGGAGUCCCAGGAUUCCGUCGCAAGACAGCCAUGGAGAAGAUCAACAUCAUCUGCCGCGUGGCUAUGCUCUUCCCCUUCUACUGCUCACUGUACAUGGUGGCUCCGAACUGUGCCACGGGCAAACUGAUGAGGAAACCUUUCAUGAAGUUUUUGAUACAUGCGUCUAGUUACCUGUUCUUUCUGCUAAUUUUGAUUCUGGUAUCACAAAGAGCUGAAGUGCAAGCGAUACAGCUGUUCGGUCCAGAGUGGAUGGUCAAAGAACUUGAAAAAGAACUGCUGAAACAGAGAGGAAACGGACCGACAUACUUGGAGCUCGUCGUUGUAGUCUACGUUCUUGGAUUUAUAUGGGAAGAAACACAUGAGAUCUUCACAGAUGGCAUUCGCGCGUACCUCCGAGACAUGUGGAACUUCAUCGACUUCACACGCAACUUCCUCUAUGUGACCGUGGCAUUACUCCGGAUAGCGGCAUAUCUGCAACAGAUCACGGAGAUCAAGAGGGAUCCGCAAACCAAGUUUAUACCUAGGGAGCAGUGGGACGCUUUUGACCCACAGUUGAUUGCUGAGGGGUUGUUCGCUGCUGCUAACAUUUUCAGUGCUCUGAAGCUGGUGCACCUGUUCUCCAUCAACCCUCACCUGGGGCCGCUGCAGAUCUCUCUGGGCCGCAUGGUCAUAGACAUAGUCAAAUUUUUCUUCAUCUAUAGUCUCGUGCUUUUCGCUUUCGCUUGCGGUCUUAACCAGCUUCUCUGGUAUUUCGCCGACCUGGAGAAGAAGAAAUGCUACGUCCUCCCCGGAGGUCUGCCGGACUGGGACAACGCCGGUGACUCUUGUAUGAAAUGGAGGAGUUUCGGAAACGUAUUCGAAGCCUCUCAAUCCCUCUUCUGGGCGUCAUUCGGCAUGGUGGGCUUGGAGAACUUCGAGCUGGCCGGCAUCAAGAGUUACACUCGCUUCUGGGGGCUGCUCAUGUUCGGCUCCUACUCCGUCAUCAACGUCAUCGUGCUGCUGAAUCUGCUCAUCGCUAUGAUGUCCAACUCUUAUGCUAUGAUUGACGAACAUUCUGACGUUGAAUGGAAGUUCGCCCGAACUCGUCUCUGGAUGAGCUACUUCGAGGAGAGCGCGACGUUGCCUCCCCCUUUCAACAUCUUCCCCACCCCCAAACUGCUGCUUAAAAUGCUGGGUCUGAGGAAGAAGGAUCAGAAGACGAAAGAAAACUUAAAGGAAAAAGUGGAUAAAGAGCUCGACGUUCGCUACACCGCCGUGAUGCGAGCGCUAGUCUGGCGCUACGUGUCCGCCAUGCACCGCAAGAUGGACGACGAGCCGGUCACAGAGGAUGACGUCAACGAGCUGAAGGGUGACGUGUCGGCUCUUCGGUAUGAGCUGCUUGAGGUCUUUGAGAAGAACGGAAUGGAUGUGUCUUUUACCGACCGCAAAGAAAAGACGGUCCUCGGCAAACGCAUGAAGGUCUGGGAGCGUCGUCUGAUGAAGGAUUUCCACGUGGCUCCCGUAGCUCUAGAGGAAGAGGGAGAGAAGCCGCCAGAAGAUGGGUUGUCCAGGUUCAGGAGGCUUGCCAAACUCGCUGUGGCGUCCACCAGCACCUCCAAGUGGGAUCAGACGUUAAUGCAGACUGGAAUCUCGUCCCAAAUCGGUCGCUGCCGCAGCAGAGCUUCCUUCAAGAACCAACAGAAUCUCCAGCGCGCUAUGGAUGAAGCUAGGAAGCUGGUGAUGAGGUCGCCAAUAGCAGAGGGGUCUCGAGUUGCGUCACCCAUCUCAAUGCCAGUUACCCCUGGCCACACCCUGCUGGAGCUGAUCAAGGAUAUCUCCGAGGAAGUGGGACCCUCUCCUGAAGGAUCCUCCACGCCAUUGAACAAGUCCCCGUGGAAACCACCUGGUGCUGGUGCUUUACUGGGCGCUGCAAUGAAGAGUCCCUGCCGAGGCAGCUCGCCGAAGCCACGAACCACAACUCCUGUCCCGCUGAAUAUGGGGAUAACAAUAACUCCAAGGACGACACCCGCGCCUUCACCGGCGCCAUCGCCGGCACCCACUCCGCGGGGCCCCAGCCCGGUGCCAAGCACUUCAGGGAGGCCCGUCAGUCCGGUGCCUGAAGAACAGACUGGUAAUAUUUCUUUAAAGCCGUUACCGGUGGCCUCGCUGGCGCCCUCACCGGCGCCAACUCCGCGGGGCCCCAGCCCAGUGCCAAGCACUUCUGCGAGGCCCGUAAGCCCAGUGACAGAAGAAAAACAGACUGAACCAACGCCAUUGGUAGGAAAGCGUGCUCCUGGCGACACACCACCAAAGGUCAUCAAGAGGAAACCACCUGGACCGCCGGCACAAGAUGACCAGGCACCAGCAGAAGACAAGCCUCCUGAGGAUAUUGCAGUCGCCAGACCAGUGGCCCCAGAAAUAAAACCUACAGAAGGCGCCAUACCACCUCCGCCGGCGCCGGCCAAACCUAAGGCCCCACCAGCACCAACAAUGGAGGUGACACCGAGCACGCCACCAAAGUCCCCUACGGCGUCAGCGAAGCCCUCCUCGCCCUCCAAAUCCCCCGCCCCGUCGGCCAAGCCCCCUUCGCCCCCUAAGUCCCCUGCUCCGUCGGUGAGGGCUCCAAGCCCGCAGACUUCAGCGCCUCCGCGCUCCCCCACCCCACCAGCCUCAGCCCCGCGGCUGUCCUCGACAUCCAGCACGGAGCAGCUCAUCCCCCCGCCGUCGCCCGAGCCCCUCCGCCCGCAGGUCAAGAUCGAGGAAGUUAAGACCAUCAAGAGGCAAACUAAGUAUGGAUGGCUAUAGAAUUUAUUAGUUUAUAUUUAUACGUUUCAGUGUUU